AUGUUUCAAGUCUCUCCCCGACGUCCCCUCGUGUCUUCUCUGCCGACUGUCAAAAGUUCUACUCCGAGAAAACUUGAAGAAGCGACGUGGAGAGAGAAGUGGGAGAAGCUCUACCAGGAAACAAAGCUUCUCAAGACGAACCACCAACAAGCUCUGAGAGACUGCGAGGAAGCGAGAGGGAGGAUGCUGGAAAAGGAUCAGAUCAUUGUCUCUCUCCAGAAGCAGAUCGACGAGCUCAAGUCGCAGCUCGCCAGGUCGUUCACCAGUGACUUCGCGUCCUCCUCCACAAGAUCUGCAUCAGAAGAGAGCGAGCAGGAAAGAAAGCGUGGGGUGGACAACAUGGCUGUCAGGGAGGUCAAGACAGGGUCUCGUGAUUUGCUUCGCAUGCUGAAAAACCAGAGAGUGGUGGCGAUGAGAUCGAGGAGGUACGAGAGCAUGGAGUCUCCUUCUCUCUCCCUCACCCCCCGUCAAGCUGCCGAUCUCGAGUUCGGCUGCAGCAUGGCAGAACGUGUCGCGUUUCAAUCGGGUCAGUUGCUGAAGGGUCAAAUCGCGAUGAGCGAGAGGGGGGAGCUGAAGGAGCUGAAGCAGAAGCUGUUCAGCAGCAUGGACCUCAUGGCUCAAGUGCGACUACGCGAAGUUGCUGUAAAGACCGACGAGCUCAAGUCUCCCAACGUCGCCAAACUUGCGGUGACUUGCGACCUGCUGGACAAGCUCUGCAUCACGGCGAAGGAAAACUCGACGGCCUUGAACCUGCUGCGGACUGAGCUCUUGUCGGCCAUCUUCAGUGACUACAGCCCGAAGGAAACAAAGGCUGCCCACCAGGCACGGAGGAUGGUGGAGGAGCGCGAGAGCAAGAUUCAGUCAAGUUACAGCGCGUGCGAUGAUUACGGACAUCUUGUUCCUUUCUUCGUGCAGGUGAAGCGGUUGGAGACUUCGCUGAUAGAAGCAGAGAGAGACUCGUCGCAGCUAAACAAGCUGCUCAAUCAAUCCAACAAGCGACAGACUCUGGUCAAGAAGGCCAUCAAUGUCUUGUACGGCCGACAACAGUUCUCUCUUGCUCAGAUCUGUUUCCAUCUCUGGGUGGAUACAACAACAUUUCAGAAGACGCUGACCGACUUUGCGUAUCGCAACCAACAAAGAUCGUCGAACUCCUACCUGAUGAUCAAGGUCAUGUUGCAAUGGGUUCGUUUCAUCUCUAGAUCGAGUCAGAAGCCCUCCGUUGACCUCGAGCAAGAGAACCCGCAAACUGCUGAUCGUCACCUCACGGACUCCUCAUUGCGGAGGAAGUUUCAGAUGAUGAAGAUAUCCAAGGAAAGGCUUGUGCAACUAGUUCUCUACAAGAGCAGAUCUGCUGUAAAGUUCUCUCGCGUGAUGUUGGAGAUACGGGACGCGACGGCGGUGGAGGUUCUGAUGCGAUGGGUGGAGACAAUGCGAGGUAGACUCAAGGGAAGCCACGCGGCGCAGAAGCUCUCAGAGCGGCUUGAAAGCUUUGGGGUGGAGACGAUGGUGGAGAGCGAUUCCUCCAAGUCUCACAAGGAGACCAUCCAACAAAAGCUGCUCGUCUCUCUUUUGUCGUCGUCUAGCCGAAGUCAGGUGAUGCAGCAAGUGAUGCGGACUGGUCGGGAGGUGAACAAAGAAAAGUCAGCAGCGGUAGCAGCAGCGGUAGCAGCAGCGGUAGCAGCAGCGGUAGCAGCAGCGCGUUUCACCGUCAGCCAGCUGGCAGAUCCGGAGGAUGACGCAGGGAGACUGGCAGUGACAGCCGUGCUGUUCUUGUACGACAAGGUAACGUGGAUGGAAGACGAGCUGCAAGAAAUGUCCUCCCUCUGCUCAAGCGCGCUGGAAAGCUCGAGCAUCAGCGAGAGCGCGGAAGAGACAGGCAAGGCAGCAGAGGGAGGGGAGGGAAGAGUCUGUGAGACCGUCAUCCGCAAGUUCAUCAAGCUGCGACAGGAGCACAAGCAGGUGGUUUGGUCGAUGCUCGUCUUCGAGACUCUGCGAGAGAAGGUGGAGAAGUUGUUGGAGCAACUAGUAGAGAAGACCAGCUGGGGUAUCCAAUCAUUGGAGGAGAUCAACUCAGAAGUUCGCUUGCGAAGUGAACGUAUCAUGGCACGUUUGUUGAACGUUGAGGUCAACGAGAAAGAUUUUGACAUGCUGACUGACAAAGAGGAGGAGGAGAGUCUCUCAGGUUGA